AUGGAGGCGCGGCGGCCGCGGGUGCCGGAGCUGCGGGACGAGCUGGGCCGCCGCGCCAUGGACACCCGCGGGCUCAAAGCCGAGCGGCUGCAAACGGCGAUGGACGGCGAAGGAGCUCGGCGGGAGGGCCGGUACGGCCUCAACAACCACAGCCACGAGCACCAGGGGGGCCACCAGGAACCCCAGGGUGGCCACCAAGGCCACCACCAAGGCCACCAAGGCCACCAGGGCCACCAACCCUACAAGGGGCAGGACUCUGAGCCCCCUGGGCUGCACCCAGCGCUGCACUCCAAGCCGGACCAGCUCCCCCCCCACGCCCCCUCCCCAAAAUACAGUGCCCCGCCCCCUAAUUACAAUGCCCCGCCCCCUAAUUACAACGCCCCGCCCCCUAAUUACAACACCCCUCCCACUAAUUACGGCGCCCCCUCUAAUUAUGGCACCGCCUCUAAUUACAACGCCCCUCCCCCUAAUUAUAACACCCCUCCCACUAAUUACGGCGCUCCCUCUAAUUAUGGCACCGCCUCUAAUUACAACGCCCCUCCUCCUAAUUAUAACACCCCUCCCCCUAAUUAUAACACCCCUCCCCCUAAUUACAGCAUCUCCUCUAAUUAUGGCACCCCCCCUAAUUGCGGUGCCCCUCCCACUAAUUAUAAUGUUCCUCCCCCUAAUUACAAUGCUCCUCCUGCUAAUUAUAAUACUCCUCCCCCUAAUUACAGUGCUCCUCCCCCUAAUUAUAAUACCCCUCCCCCUAAUUACGGCACCUCCUCUAAUUACGGCGCCGCCUCUAAUUACAGCGCCCCCUCCUCAAAUUACAGCCCCCCCUCUAAUUAUGGCGCCGCCUCUAAUUACAGCGUCCCUCCCCCUAAUUAUGGCAUCCCUUCUAAUUACAGCUCCCCCUCCUCUAAUUACAGCCCCCACUCUAAUUACGGCGCCCCUCCCCCUAAUUACAACGGCUCCCCCCAUAAUUACACCACACCCUCUAAUUACGGCGCCCCGCCCCCUAAUUACGGCCCCGCCCCCUCCCCUCGUUCUGACCCCGCCCCGCCCCCCCCCAACCGGAAGCGGCCGUGGGAGGAGAGGGGGAGGGGCGACGGCGAGCGGCGGCGGGAGAAAAGGCCGCGCUCCCCUGCGCCGCCCCCCGAGGGCGCCGACGACGCCCGGGACGAUUCCCUGGUGGCCCUGGACACCUACAACUGCGACCUGCACUUCACGGUGUCGCCGGACGGGUACGGGGGGCGCCCGCUGGCAACCGACGGCUUCGGGCACCUGUGGGCGGGGGCCAGGGCCACCCACGGCGUCACACGGGGACGGGUGUGCUUCGAGAUGGAGGUGCUGGAGCCGAUCCCCGUUCAGCAGCUGCCGCCCUCAGAGCCCGACCCGCACGUGGUGAGAGUGGGCUGGUCCCUGGACACCUGCGGCACACAGCUGGGGGAGGAGCCGUUCUCCUACGGCUACGGCGGCACCGGCCGCAAAUCCUGCGACGGAAAAUUCCAGAACUACGGAGCCAAGUUCGGCCCGGGCGACGUCAUCGCCUGCCUGGCGGAUUUCGAGGCCGGGGACGAGGUGGAGCUGUCGUUCCUGAAGAACGGGCGGUGCCAGGGCGUGGCGUUCCGCGUGCCCAAGCCGCUCCUGGCCGGCCGGGCGCUGUUCCCCCACGUGCUGGUCAAGAACUGCGGCGUCCGACUCAACUUCGGGCAGCGCCCGCGGCCGCUGCGGCCCCUGCCCCCGGGGGGCGCCAUGGUGCAGGACGUGCCGGACGGACACCGCCACAGGGGGACACGGGGACCGCGGACAAAGGCUGAAUGUGAGGUGCUGCUGCUGGUGGGGCUCCCGGGCGCGGGGAAGACGACGUGGGCGCUGCGUCACGCGGCCGAGAACCCCCAGAAGAGAUUCAACAUCCUGGGGACCAACGCCAUCAUGGACAGGAUGAGGGUGACGGGACUCCGCAGACAGCGGAACUACGCCGGGCGCUGGGAGGCGCUGAUCGGCCGCGCCACGCGGUGCCUGAACCGCCUGAUCCAGAUCGCGGCCGGGAAACGCCGCAACUACAUCCUGGACCAGACCAACGUGUACGGCUCGGCGCAGCGGCGGAAGCUGCGUCCCUUCGCGGGGUUCCGGCGCACGGCCGUCGUGGUUUGCCCCACGGACGGCGAGCUGCGGCGGCGCACGGCCAAGCGCACGCGCGAGGAGGGCAAGGACGUGCCCGAGCACGCCGUGCUCCAGAGGAAGGCCAACUUCGCGCUGCCGGAGCCGGGCGAGUUCCUGGAGGCCGUGCGCUUCGUGGAGCUGCCCAGGGACGAGGCGGCCGCGCUGGUGCGGCGCUACAACCUGGAGGGACGCAGAGCCGGAGGUGACCGCGGCCCGAGUGACCGCUGCGGUGACCGCUGGGGGAGUGACCACAGUGACCACAGGAACCACAGGAAUGACUGGAGUGACCGCUGGAGUGACCACUGGAGUGACCACAGUGACCACAGGAACCACAGGAAUGACUGGAGUGACCGCUGGAGUGACCACUGGAGUGACCACAGUGACCACAGGAACCACAGGAAUGACUGGAGUGACCGCUGGAGUGACCGCUGCAGGAGUGACCUCUGCAGGAGUGGCCACUGGAGUGACCACGGCAGGAGUGACCGCUGGAGUGACCGCUGGAGUGACCACUGGAGUGACCACUGGAGUGACCACAGUGACCACAGGAGUGACCACAGUGACCCCACUGACCGUAGGAGUGACCACAGGAGUGACCGCAGUGACCGCAGGAGUGACCGCAGGAGUGACCACAGUGACCACAGGAGUGACCACAUUGACCUCACUGACCACAGGAGUGACCGCAGUGACCACAGGAGUGACCGCAGGAGUGACCACAGUGACCACAGGAGUGACCACAGGAGUGACCGCAGUGACCACAGGAGUGACCACAGGAGUGACCGCAGUGACCACAGGAGUGACCGCAGGAGUGACCACAGUGACCACAGGAGUGACCGCAGUGACCGCAGGAGUGACCGCAGUGACCCCGCUGACCGCAGGAGUGACCGCAGGAGUGACCGCAGUGACCACAGGAGUGACCGCAGGAGUGACCGCAGUGACCGCAGGAGUGACCCCGCUGACCGCAGGAGUGACCGCAGGAGUGACCACAGGAGUGACCGCAGUGACCACAGGAGUGACCCCGCUGACCGCAGGAGUGACCACAGGAGUGACCACAGGAGUGACCCCGCUGACCGCAGGAGUGACCACAGGAGUGACCACAGGAGUGACCGCAGUGACCGCAGGAGUGACCACAGGAGUGACCACAGGAGUGACCGCAGUGACCGCAGGAGUGACCGCAGUGACCGCAGGAGUGACCGCAGGAGUGACCACAGGAGUGACCGCAGUGACCGCAGGAGUGACCGCAGGAGUGACCACAGGAGUGACCGCAGUGACCCCGCUGACCGCAGGAGUGACCGCAGGAGUGACCGCAGGAGUGACCACAGGAGUGACCGCAGUGACCCCGCUGACCGCAGGAGUGACCGCAGCGCUGACCGCAGCAGGGUCCGGCCGUGGCCGCCCUUCCGGAACCUUCCACGGCCGCGGCUCCCGGGGACCCCGGGGGCUUCCGGGGGGCCGGGAACGGAACAGG